GUCCCGCCAUAUCGAGUGUGCUCACAAAGAAGUGUAUUACGUUGUUUUUUAAUCAUUUCAGGCAGGAACACUUAAAUCGAAUGGCUUACCUGUACUUUAAGGCAAUGCAGUGAAAAUGCAAUCGAGAGCGAAUCGCUCGCUCUGCAUUUCCCCUGGCGACUGGAAAGCUGAUGGCCAGAAAGGGGAGACACGGCGACAGACAAACAUUCCAGCCAGGAUCGACAACCUGCAGGGUGGACACACAGCGGUGUGGUGGAGUACGGCGAAACGGGGAAUCCAGGAACACGACUACGUCAGGAAUAUGGGAUACGACAUACGGACACUCGGACUCGGGAGCGGGCAGCACGUGACUUGUUCUUCCGUCGCAGCCUUGGCCAUUGUUUGCAUUUGCAUUCGCCGGGAACGGGGUGGCGUGUCUUUCAAUUGCAGCUGGAAACAGACGCGGUCAGCACAAUAGCACAAAUUGAUAACACACAAAUAAACAGAAAACAAGUUUGAAAUAAAUAAUCUAGAAAUGUAAACAUUUUUUAAGAUAUUUACAAGCAUAUAGAAUGCAGUGUAAAUAAAAUAUUAAAAAUCAA